AUGUACGUCGCCAAGGCCCUCACCACCUUCCUCUGCCUCGCCUUUGUCCAAGGGUACGUCAUCACCAUCUUCGACGGAAAAGACUGCAAAGGCGAGAGCAAGAGGGUCAACGUCUGGGACAACACCUGCAGAGACACCAACGUUCUCAACACGAACUCAUUCCGUGUCGAGAAGUACGGCGGCGGCCGCCAGGUGGCCGAUUUCUAUCCGUCAAACAGCUGCGGGACUCGGAGAAUCACCUCAUGGGCAGCUGAUGGAGGGAGCGACACCUUCAAGCAAGGCACAUGUCUCAAUUUGGGCGAGCCUGCCAGGGCCUUUGGCUCGCAUUCCGGGUAG